AGUUACUUAAACCUGAAAAACUGUUACCGCUGAUGUAUCAGCUUAAGUUAUACAAGUAUCAUUGAAGGUUAAUUCAAUAAAAAUCAAUGGAUUUUAAAAGUUUUAUUUGUUUUUUCUCGGUCUUUCAACUUGCUUCAUGUAUGUUAAUAAAGGAAGAGAAACCUGGUCUUAUUGAAAAUAAAUUUCGGUAUGUUGAAAUCGAAUCAGAGAUUAUCCUUUCGACUGUAUCUGACUGUUUAAGCGAUGAAAAUUUAACAUUUCGACUGAGGACACCACAUUAUAUUGGUCAAAAACUUUGUGGAGAGGAUGUGGUUAUUCGCACAUUUCCAACUGAAGUAAACCAGUUUCAUGAAAACACCGAAUAUACCAAGAAUGUGAGCUUGCAACUGGAAAGCUCUUGUGGUUCAUCGAAAUCAUCAUUUGACAAGACAGACGUCGUUAUGUUGACAUUGAUAGAGAAGGACUUGGAUAAUGUUACAUCGCACAUAACUAGGUCAGCCGUGAAGCGGCGUAGUCUGAGCUCGCGUUUAGCUUCAUCAAUAAACACGAAAAGAGCAUUUAUAAUUAAAUAAUUUUAAGAUUCAUAGGACUAUGAACAAAAAACUUCGAUU